AAUAAUAAGCUUGUUCACGAAUAUGUACAGCAACGAUAUAAUGUUUUUGGAAGAUCAUUUAGAAACCAGUUGGUUUAUCCUACUCAACGAGUGCUGGCUUACAACGAGCGAUGUCGAAGAAUCAGAGGAGGAUUUGUUUAUCUAA